ACCAUUGUUCAUUCUACCCAACCAAAACUUGUAACUAACAAAAUGUCUAGCAAGAGUUUCUUCAGUUUCAAAUACGGCGGGUCUAAGAAAGCAUCAAUCCCUAAAACCGCACCACCAGUUCAACCAUCACCGGUUGUUUUCCAACCAAACGCCGAUGAGAUGAGACGGGUGUUCGACAAAUUCGACAAGAACAAAGACGGUAAGAUAUCCAAGGAAGAGUAUGUGUCAGCGGUGGACAUACUAGGUAGCAAGACUGCGAAAACGGAGGUGUCAAAAGCGUUUGAGGCGAUAGACACUGAUGGUGAUGGGUUUGUUGACUUUAACGAGUUUAUGGCGGCCCAGGGCGGAGUGAAGGCGGGGGAUAUCAAGAGUGCGUUUAAGGUAUUUGAUUUGGAUGGUAACGGGAAGAUAACGGCGGAGGAACUGGUGCAGGUGCUCCGGCAGCUGGGAGAGAGGUGUAGCUUGGAGGCUUGCCGGAAAAUGGUUAGAGGGGCGGAUGCCGACGGUGAUGGAAUGAUUGAUGUGGAUGAAUUUGUGGGUCUAAUGACCCGGACCAUGAAAUCGGCAUGAAUUUACUAGUCAUUGGUAAACCAAACCGAACGUACACAUUAUAAUCCCACUCAUGAUGUGUGAUAAUAAACUAAACUAAUAAAUACCAUUUACGGGUACAAAUAAUUUUCGGUAGUAAAUUUGAUUUUUGUAAAGUAAAUUUCACUUUUGUCACUACAUAUAUUUUCUUGUAGUGCUUGCCCGUAUUGUUCUGUGUUAUGUAUGAGUAAGAUAAAACACAUGUAAUAACUUUUUUUUGUUUACGAUUGAUGUCACUUUUUA